AUGGUUUUUUUAUAUGAUUUAAUACAAAAAUUAAAAGUCACUGAAGCAUUUUCUACUGUACUGGUUCGCAAUAGGAAUGGUCAUAGCUUAAGACCUAUUGAAAAGGAUAGUUAUAUGACUAUUGCUACUCAAAUGCCCUUCCAACUUCUUGAAGAGAAAUUGGAUACUGUAAUUGCUAGAUAUGAGUUAACAUCCUAUGGGGAUGUUUUGAAUUUAGUUGUAAAAUAUGAAAACGAAGAGUUAGAGAAUGCUACCAUCAUAUUAAUAAUUGAUGGCAUGCAAAAUAUGAUUGAAAGUUUAUUGGAUAACUGA